CCUACUCUUGUGCCAAUACCGCACUGCCUUGGUCACUGUGGCUUUAUAGUUGCGUCUUGAAUUCGGGUAGCAUCAAUCUUCCAACCUUGUUCUUUUUCAAGACUCAGGACCUUGAGCAAGAAAAGCAACAGUCUGGAUGAUGAGAUUGUAUUGGAGGACCUAAGGAUAUAGACCCAACGACUCAACCCUACCUAAUUUGACUGUUGAUAUUUUACAAAGCUCAACAGGAACCAGCUCCUACUUCUUCUCCAUUUUCAUUCUGCUCCAUUGUCCCACUGGGCUCCAACCACACUGGACUUGUUCCAGUUCCUUAAACUUGUCUGAUUUUCCUUACCUCACAGCUUUCGCACACACCGUUUCUUUUGCUUAAAAUAUUCUUCUUCCAGCCCUGUCCUGGCCAACUUCACUCAUCCUUCCGAUUUCAGAAUGUGCAUUGGCCAUCCCCCCCCUGCCCAGCCCUAAAGGAACCAGAAACAGCCGGAAAAGGAUCAGAGAAAGGACCUUUUAACACCUGAAAAGGAUCUUUUCUAAGAGUCAGGCUUGGAAGAUUUUCUGAUGGUGGUUUGGCCUCCAUGCAAAUGAAAAGCUGCACAAAGAAGUCAUGUGUGCACAUAGAGAGAAGGUGGCUGCCUACAAGCCAAGAUGAGAGUCCUCAGAAUGAAACUGACCUUGCUGGUACCUUGAUUAUGGACUUCUUAGCCUCUAGAACUCUGACGGGGACCACGAGCAACGAGGCUCUACCAGGAAAGAACAAGUGCAUGGCAGAACUCCUGCUCCCACCUGAGCCAUACAGACCACCACCUCCCGUGCAAUGUGGGCAGUGUUUGUAUCAGGACAGUUCACUCAGAUACAAUCCGUGGUUUGUCCUUGCUGCUACAGGAAAGCUGAAACAAGGAGAAGUUUGGGGGUUUUCUCUUCUCCCAUCCUGCCAAGUUAGUCAGCCUCCGUGUUCAGGGUUGGAGCUCCCUAGACUCAUGCUUCCUAGUAGCUGGAAGGUUCUGCGAUGUCCCAGACCUCAUUCAGGUGUCAGCAUUCUUCUUAAGGAUGCACCAGCCCACGGUUGCAAAUGAUAAUAGCUGUCAUCUGGUUGAUACUGUGUUAGGUGUUCUACAUACAUUAACUCAUUUGGCCUUCUUCAAGAUCUCGUAAGGUAGGUACUCUCCUUAUUCCUGUUUUACAAACAGAAAAACUGAGGCCCCAGAUGUCAAGAUGUAAACCCAGUGUGCCUGUCCUCAAACCGACAACUAUAAUUUUUAAGCUCCUUCUUCCUGCUUCAUUGAGGCAGAUGUGGAAUGACAGUUUUUUCAGAGUUUAUUCAAAUAGAGGUCUGGAAAUCACAAGAAGAAGGCUUAUGCCAUCAAGGCACCAAAAGAAUGCCAUAUUUUGGAACGAUAUUUUGGAACCACUUAUCUACUGCUCAGUUACAGCACUCACACAGCAUUUAUGAUGUACCGGGACACACCACUGACCCUUUUAUGAACAGCAAUGCAACAAAUAUCCAGCACAGUCCUAGGAGGAAGGUAGGGGCUGUUUUUAUUAUUCCCACCUUACCAAUAGGGAAACUGAGGCACUUGCCAACAUCACAGAGGUAAUACGAUGCACAGCCAAGAUUCAGCCCAGGCAGUCCUGUACCUGAGUCUGUGCCUUUGACCUCUCCACUGUCUUCACCCCAAGCCCUAUUAUCUAUAUGCUACAUACGGCCUGUCGAUAAGAGUCAUCGAAUGACUUAAAUUCCAUUUGCUUAACUCUGAAUAAUGAAGACCAAAGUGCAUACUAUUGGCCGGAGUCCUCACCGAAAGGUAAAAUGAUUGAUUCCAUCAAACUUAAACCCCAAGCCAUGUGUGUGUGAAAUUGCUCUAUUCACUUUGGUUGGGAAUGUGUUUUGAGGACCGACUCUACCUUUUUGAGCUGCAGUAAUAAGAGACAAAAUACGAAACUUAAUGGGAUAAAUCCCAUUAAAGAGCUCAAUACCCAGUAGCUAUUAACAGCCUUAUUACUAUCUCUGACCCGGCCGCUCUUUCACAGGCCCCACAGCCCCAGCCACCGUUCGCCACCGUUCUGUCCUGUCUCUUGCUGACCUUCUCCACUCGGCACCCUUCCCUCCUCUCCUCAAGUUAAUCUAUAAAAUUCCUGGCCAACAAGCCAGUGGUUCCCAGAGGGGUGACGGGCUGGGGGAUGGCGAAAGAGGUGAAGGGAACCAAGAGUUCACCCGUCACGAUGAGCACCGGGUGAGGAACGGAAUGGUUGAAUCACUGUGUCGUACUCUUGAAACUAGUAUAACACUGUAUGUUAACUUUACUGGAAUUAAAAAAAAAAAAAAAGCGUUCUCUAGGCUUCCUUGCGGGAGGAGUUUCCUUCCUGGUCUGUCGGACCGAGGCACAGCCUUGGGACAUGCUCUGGCCGAUGAACCAUGAGUGGAAGUGGUGUGGGUCAUUCUAGAUGGAACUGUUGAAAGCCAGGCCGGCCUUGCCGUGCUCCUUCUCCCCCAUCCACACAUCCAGCAAUGGUUGAGAUGGUUGCUGCUUUGCA